AUGAUGGCGCAGCUCGCACCCAGUGACGACGCCGGCAACUACAAGCGCACCCCCAGCGCAUACCGCCACACCAUUCAACCCCCUCCCACCACUUCCACAGCCAGCAGCAGCACAGGUAGCAGGCAGGCAGGCGCAUUCCCAUCAGAGGCAGGGCGGUACCAUGUGUACGCGGCGCUGUCGUGCCCGUGGGCGCACCGCACGCUCAUCGUGCACGCGCUCAAGGGCCUGCACGCCGCUGUCCCCCUCUCCAUCGCCCGCCCCGGUGACGGUGGCCUCCGGGAGUUCGUGCCAGCGGGCGCGGGGCUAGGGGAGAGUGCGGUGGCGCGGCGAGGGAGUGGGAAAAGGGGUGAGCGGGGAGUGGGAGGGGAGGGAGAGGAGGGAGAGGAGGGGGAGAUGCUUGUGCCCACGGAGGACCGCGCGGGGGGGUGUGCAAAGCUGAAGGAGGUGUAUGGGAAGCAGGAGGGCGGGUACGAUGGGCGCUGCACCGUGCCCAUGCUGUGGGACAACAAGACCAACCGGGUGGUGAACAACGAGAGUGCGGACAUCAUUCGCAUGCUCAACGCAUCCUUCAAUGACUAUGCCGCCAACCCACACCUCGACCUCGCACCACCGGAGCUCGCCCAGCAGAUGGCAGCAUGGGACGAGGAGAUCUACAACAACGUCAACAACGGCGUCUACCGGUGUGGUUUUGCCACGAGUCAGGCGGCAUACAACAGGGCAGUGAACGACCUGUUCACCACUCUGGACCGCAUUGACGCGCACCUGGCCACGUCUCGCUUCCUCUGCGGGCCCGCCCUCACACUCUCCGAUGUGCGCCUCUUCACCACGCUCGUGCGCUUCGAUGCCGCCUACCACACACUCUUCAAGUGCUCGCGCAGGAAGAUCGUGGAGUAUGACAACAUUCAUGCCUACAUGUGCGACAUCUUCCAGGUAAUUACCCAAUGUAUCUCCUCCCCCACCCCCACCUCCUUUCCUCCCCCUCCUUCCCCACACCCCUCCAUUUUCCCCCCUCUCGUUCUUUCCCCCCACUUUCUCCCUCCCCCCCCUUGUUGUUUUCCUAGUGUGUUCUUUCCCCCCAUUCCCCCCCUUCCUAUCCUGCUCAAUCCCCUCCCUUUCUGCUUAUCAAUCCGGUCACCACAAUUCUCUGUCUGCGCUUUCUUCUAG